CACAUCACAGUGACCUUAUUCUACUUGAUGGGUGUAAUCCCUCCUAUGUCUAUAAUAUCUAUAAUAUCCCCGCAGUUGGCCAAUAGGAUCUUUCUACAUCCUCGCACAUGAUUAUUUUAGGGAAGAGAUUUUACAAUGGUGGAUUAGUAUUUUUUUAAUCCCACAUGUGUGCUGGAGCAUUUCGAUUCAGUGUUGUGGAGCAACGGAUGGGCUUGGCACGUUACGCAAGACUUAUCAGUGCUUGGGAUGUAGGCAGACCAUCCACCUACAUUUUACAACAUCGAUAUGAGAAAUAUAUGUUAUUACUGCGUCAAGAAGGGGUUAUGUCGCAUGGGGCCCUCUCCAUGGAUAUAGACACAGACUAUGAGCGGCCCAAUGUGGAAACCAUUAAAUGUGUGGUGGUAGGGGAUAAUGCAGUAGGCAAGACCAGGCUAAUCUGUGCCCGGGCCUGCAAUGCCACCCUCACACAGUAUCAGCUGCUUGCCACCCACGUGCCAACCGUCUGGGCCAUCGACCAGUACCGUGUUUGCCAGGAGGUGUUAGAGAGAUCUCGUGAUGUAGUGGAUGAGGUCAGUGUGUCCCUGAGGCUAUGGGACACAUUUGGGGAUCAUCACAAAGACAGACGAUUUGCCUACGGCAGGUCCGAUGUAGUGGUGCUUUGCUUUUCUCUGGCUAACCCCAAUUCCCUGCGCCAUGUCCGCACCAUGUGGUUUCCGGAGAUCAAGCACUUCUGUCCUCGGACACCCAUCAUCCUGGUCGGCUGCCAGCUGGAUCUGCGCUAUGCUGACCUGGAUGCAGUAAACCGCGCACGUCGACCCUUAGCCAAACCCAUCAAACCGACAGAUAUUCUUCCUCCAGAGAGGGGGCAUGAGGUGGCAAAGGAACUUGGGAUCCCCUACUAUGAGACCAGUAUUGUAGCCCAGUUUGGCGUCAAAGAUGUUUUUGACAAUGCCAUCCGAGCUGCCCUCAUCUCCCGCCGUCACCUCCAGUUCUGGAAGUCGCAUCUGAAAAAGGUCCAGAGGCCCCUUCUCCAGGCACCCUUUCUUCCUCCUCGCCCACCACGGCCCAUAGUGGGAAUUCCAGACCCUCCACCUACAGACGGCGAGGGCCCUGAUUCCCUUUUCUGCCUCCCACUAUGUGCAGAUGUUCUUUUCCUCUUACAGGGUGGUGCCACUCGUGUCUUUGCACACAAAGUUUAUCUAGCUACAUCCUGCUCUAAGUUCUAUGACCUCUUCACUCUUGAUCUGGGUGGAUCAUGUACGGGGCCAAAGGGGGAGGAACAAGAGAGCAAGGAAAACUUGGAAGGUGGGGAAGAAGAUGAGCAGAGCAGGAGAGGAGCCAAGGAGCAAGCUGGGCGCACUAAGAGCCUAGACAUUGACAAAGAUGGUGUUGAUGGAGGAGUGCGGGGCUUGAAUCGACCCCAGCUGCUCCAGCAGGGCUCCUUGAGGACUUCCCAGAGUGAUAAUGCACUUCCAUCACGAGCCCAGUACUCCUUGGGAGCAUUAGGGACUGGUCGUGCGCUUUCCGGAUGGGGAAGAGGCUUUUUGAGUGUUUGUCUGGAGCAUGUUGAUGAUCCUAUGACUGGACGCCCACGACUCAUGACUGUGGUUGCCAUGGAUGCGCUCAUUCAGGAAGAACCAUUCAAGGCAGUGCUUCAGUACCUAUACACAGGCAAUCUGGACGAAGGCAGAGGAGACCUGAUGCAGGUGGCCACUAUUGCUGAGCUACUUGAGGUGUUUGACCUGCGGAUGAUGGUGGCUAAUGUUCUGAACAGAGAGAGCUUCAUGAACCAGGAGAUCACCAAGGCUUUCCAUGUUCGCAGGGCCAACCGCAUCAAGGAGUGCCUCAAUAAAGGGACCUUUGCUGAUGUGGUGUUCCGACUGGACGAUGGCUGUCUCCCGGCCCACAAGCCCCUGCUUAUCUCAAGCUGUGACUGGAUGGCCGCCAUGUUCCGUGGCUCUUUCAUGGAAAGCUACAUUGAGGAGGUGUCCAUUCCUAACACAAGUGCGGCCUGUAUGCGUGGGGUGCUGGAGUUCCUCUACUGUAGUCUAUUGACACCCUGUCCUGGUCUGGAGCCCAUGGAACUCAUUGUUCUGGCCAAUCGUCUCUGUUUGCCUCGCCUUGUAGCGCUCACAGAGCAGCACGCUGUGGAUGAGCUUCUUCAGUUGGCAGUAAAAGGUGUUGACAUUGAUGGACAAGUGUUGGCUUACCUGGAACUGGCACAGUUCCACAAUGCUAAGCAACUAUCCACUUGGUGUCUCCAUCACAUCUGCACUAAUUAUAAUAGCAUCUGCCGCAAAUUUCCCAAAGACAUGAAGGCCAUGUCCCCAGAAAACCAGAGGCACUUUGAAAAGCAGCGCUGGCCUCCUGUGUGGUUCCUGAAGGAAGAGGACCGCUAUCUGCGCUCACAAAAAGAGCGUGAACGUGAGGAGGAGAUUUUGCGCAAGCAGCACACCAAAAGGGGCUGGUGUUUCUGGAGACACCCGUCUUCUUCUCCGCACGUCUCCUAAGAGUUUCCUUCUCUGACCCAUUUAUCCUGAUGAGGGUCAUUCAGAGGAGGCUGAUUUUUAAUCUAUCAGUGGAGAACUGACUCUCAGUACUACUAUGCCUGAAUGUGAGCAUGUUUGAAGGAAUGUAUGUGAAUCUUUAUAAUUGUGAGCGACUUGAGUGCAUUUUGAUAUGCUUGUGUAACAUGUGGACUGAACUAAAGGGUAUGUGUGUGGAUGUGUAAAUGUACGUAUGUUGGUUUUAUGAGUGAUACUUCUGAGGUGGGUGCUUCCCAAAUGCCCUGAUCUAUAAGAGCUUGCAGCAUUUGCAGUGCAGCCCUUUGUCCCCUCCACAAGAGCUCGUCCCUCCACCAGCACUCACAGCAUCCCAGCCUUUGAGUGAUUGGACUGGGAGCAAGGGCUCUCUAUCUCUCUCAGUCUCCAUCCUUCACACUGACCUUAAUGACUAUUACACACUGACCACUGCAGCUCCCCAUGGGAAGCUUAUUUUUGCCUUCACUUUUACACAGACUGUUAGCUUGCACACACAGACCUGUGCCCAUGACUCACCCCUCUAAAACCAGCACUGGAUUUCCAGGAACUGACACUGACAAUGUAAUUAUUAUUAUUUUGAUAUUAUUUGACCUUUUGAUAUAUUUUUGCGCCUUCUAGGACACUGUUAUCAGGGGAAAUGGCACACACAAAUCCCAGGAUGUGUUAGGAAUCUUCAUGGUUGGGACUGUUAAUCAAGAGCCCAGGUGUGGGUGUAAGGGCAACCUUCAAACUGUUUGUUAGGAUGCUCCAGCUAAUGGCUAUGACCUGAUUGUAGCGAUUAGCUUCCAGUCAAGUCUUGAUGUGGUCCUUUGUGUCCAUCAUCCACCCUUGCAACUCCCAUACCCCCUUCCAGAUUGCAUUUAAAAAAACACAAGCUCUGAUUAAUGACUUGGAUUCACCAACUGCACUUCAGAGACCUUCAAAGUGACCACUCUAUAGCAAUGAGGGGGUAAAGAGGGCUAGCCUUACUUGAUACCUCUGCCAUGGAGGAAUGAUGGAUACAGUUUUUAACGAAGCCGCUUGUAACGUCCAUGACCACUAGGUUGCGUUGAAGCACCUCAACCAACCUGCCUUUACACCCCUACACCACUAGGGGCAGCACUGCUCAGGGCCCCAGCACUAACUUUCACUCUUAACAGGAGUUUUAUCCUUGUGGCUUCUUUGCUCUUGUUUUAAUCAUUAGGAUCAGCAGUAUAACACCAAUCAUUGAAGAGUGUUAAGAAAAAGCACUUGUGCAGUGUUAGCCCAGUUAAAAAAAAUUACCUGUUUUUUAUCACAACCAAAGCUGUGAUUGUUUUUAAUUUCUUUCUUCCUCACUUUCUUCAUUUCUACUGCCCUGUUUCCUUUAUUUGCAAAAGGUAAUGGAGGAAAGAAUAGGAAGUGACUUGUUGGAGAAGAACACAGUAUAUUUGAUUCCCUCCUGUUGGUCGUGUUGGUUCAGUUUUUAGUGUGAGGAGAAAAAAGUGUCACUGCUGGACAUUGCCUUCCAUUCCUCUUGCUGGAAUUGAAAAUGGUGCUUAAGACACAGUAAGACAGUGUCCACAUGAACACAGACACACAUGCAAUUCGAUGUUCAAGUGUUUCUUCAGAUGUUCAGUGUUUUGCCUGCAACAGAUGUGGGAAUUGGAAUAGAUUGCAUUUCAAUUUCAUGCGUAAGAAAUAUUUAGUUUUCUUUCUUCAUAGACGCUAACAGUCUAUAAGAGAUCAUAAUAGGUCAGUGAUAUUAGAAUGAGUACAAAUAUGAUUUUAUACAUAGUGGUUACAACCUGGUAAUGACCUUUGCUGCUGUUAUAUUUGAUUAAACUACGAUCUCUGCUUGUUAACCAGGAAAAUAGUGUUACUUCGAUUGAAUUUGCAGUCGCGAGCGUUUCCUUAAAAUGGUUUGAUAUAUAACUGCAUAGGAGAGCAAAUCUGAUUUUCUUGUUAAGGGUGCUAAUUUCUUUGGGCUUUAGGACUGAAUGUGAAAACAAGGCUUUGUGGUGAUGAGUUUCUAUUAGCACGUUGUUCUAUUUGUGGGUUUGUGCCCCUCAGCAUUACCCAGCAACUGCAGGAGAUAGCUGGAUUGUGUGAGACAUGUGGCGUGUUCUCCCAUUCUCCACGGGAGACGUGUUAAAGUUAUUGUCAGCUACAGAAAUAGAAAUCAGAUAGAAUCUCACAAGGCCCGAGUGAGAACUGAGCUGAUUCCUCUGUGAAUAAAGUGAAAGUGGAGUAAACGUGAACAAGUCUCAAGCCGGCUUAACAUGCAACCUACGUGUUUCGGAUUUACUCCUCGUAUAUUAAAUUCACCCCAGUGCAGGACUUGAAGAGGAGAGAGUUACAUAUUCUGUGGCCUCUUUUUAGAAGUGACGGCUGUUAGGUUUGUCUUACUUAUGACUUUAUGACCCAUGAAUCCUCUUCUCUUGGUCCAUGUGCCUUAUAGUUGUACAACUGUAGUCAAACAUCUUCACUUCAAAGCUGCGGACCGGUUCUGCAGUGGGUGACACGAUUAAUUAAUAAAAGAUAGUAUUAUAGUUAGUCAAAAGGAUUAUGGUUUAUUCUUUAUGCACUCUCAGCCAUUAUCCUUUUUUGAGAGGACUUUGGAGCCAACCUGAGCCAUGCCUGUGGAGCACCUUUAGGCCACUGCUGAUUUUGCAGGCAGACGGUCUUGACUUAAACUCUUUAUAGGUUGUAGAACAGUAGGUUGGUGUGAUCAUAUGGCCUUAGAUUAGUGUAUUUUCUAGAACGGUCAUUAUUUGGAUGUAAACAAACUCACAUCAUGGUUGGAUUUGUCCACUGACCAUGUGAUUAAGAGGUAGCAGUGAAUAUGGCAGGUUGAUUCCUGUAGUUUAACUUUAGAUCCACUGACUUGGAGAAAAUAAAGCUUGUUGAGCACUGGCUGGCCUUUGUGCUGAGAGGGUACAUUUUUAGAAUGUGGUUAAUUUGCAUGGUGGCCUAACUUUGUCAUUACAAUGACACUUGGUGUUGGAAUGCACUUUCUUCUUUUUUAUGUCUAUAACUUUACCUGUGCUUAGAGUGAAUUGCUCCUUAUGUUAGAUUGUUUCUAAACCUAAUGAUUGUAGCAUGAUAUUUCCACUCAAGUCUUUCAACAUUUCCCACAGUGUGUUCAGUGUGACAGAGGAUAACAGUUUUUUUUCUAGCUUAUUGGUUCAAGUUGACACUGACUUUUACAGUAGCUAUCCCAUUUGCUCUGUGACUUUAUACACAAAUCAGCUUUACUGAAUUAGCUCAGCACAGCUUAAGGUAGCAUCGUGAAAUACUCUUUAAACAAUAAUGAACUUGUACUUAUCUUCAGAAACCUUCUUGAAAAAAUAUGCAGAGUAAUUGUUUCUGCAAUAAAGUGUUACAUGCUUUUACUAUUGUUAAUAUAGCCAAUCAAACAUUUUCUUAAAAAGCUGCCUGCAGGAACUAAACCUGACAAGUAUGAAAAGCAACAUUUCAAUCAAAUCUGAAUAUAAUUAUGCACAUAUUUUAGCAAUGGCAUAAACGGCAAAAAAGUCAAGAGUAAUGAUCUGGACUGACCUGCAUGUAAAGACAGAAGAACUGGGUAAAGCAUGAUGCAUGUUUCUUGGGUUAGACAUGGUCCAGACUUUAUCUGUGUUGACUUGUUAUGCGUAUUGGUUUGUGGGACAUUUCUUAGGAUGAAAUAUAGAAAAAGUGAAAAUAAAUAACAUUCUAGGUUUUAAAUAUAUUUUACUAUUACUGUAAUAGUUCAAUUUUGGAAAUUCCCUGACAUUGCUCAGAGUUCUCAAGUACUCUGAAGAACACAAAAUGUUGAGAAUUUUUUGUCUUGUUAACUCACCCAUCACAACAUAUGUGCAACACUGGCCCCUACAGACCAAAGUUAUAUAUAGUCUGUUCAAGUUAGUGUAUUUAUCUGCAUCAUUUAGCUAUUUUCUCAUGCACAGUUUACCAUCCCAUAUUCCUAAUUAUUCUUAUUUUCAUAGUGGUUUUCAGUCUUUUCAGCAGGCCUGACCUUCCUUAUUUAACAUGAGGCCUAGUGACUAAGAGGACACCUUGUUGUUUGUCUUCGGUGUCUCUUUUCCUGUGCCUUCAGUGAAAUCUCACUCUUUUGGCUCUGUACAGGCAUGGCACCUGCAGCCUUCUGGGUUCGAAUUAGAGUUGAUUAAGCCAAGAAACACACACAAAAGCACAGAAAUUAAAGUAGGCAGCUUUCUUUAAUGUACAGUAACUUAUCGCUUGAUUGACUGGUGUUUCUUUAAUGAUUUUUUUUUAGCAGAUAUAUAGCAGUUACUGGCUAUUACAGCGUUAUAAUGAACUUUCAGUCAUAACAAAUAUGGAGCAUGUUCAGUAUGGAAUAUCAUCUAUGCUUAAACUACGCAACAGAUGAUGUAAAAUGAAACCCAGCAACCCAGCAGAUCUAAAAUAAUGUUUUCAGUGUUUUGCACUCUUUCAGGUGCCUCUGCACUUACUCUUAUGUAGCCGAUUACAACUUUGCUUGGUCUUUAUAAAUAGCACAUGUUCAAUUUACAUAUUUUACUUGUCCACUUUCUUGUGGUCUUUUUUUCUCUCUAAGCCAAGUAACAUAACAUACCCUAUUGCUUCCACUAUUUAGCUGUAAUUUACCAUGUUGCAAUCAUGUGGUAAGUUGGGGAACAACAUCUGUGAAGUACUAGUUGGAUUAAAAGCAGAAAUUAGCUGUGACAGCUAUAUAAAUUGUGCUUUAAUAAAGUAAUUAUCCAAAGUACAGUACAGUGUUGCAGAUUUGAUAUGACUUUUCCUAGCUGUAAUGAACCCCUCACCUUAAAGCUUCUCACCACACUGUAUCUACUUACUAAGGUGUUGUAUUCAUAGGAUUGUAUGCACAGAGGCCCAGGACAGGGAGAGUGUUUAUAUACUAUAAGUCAUGGUGUGUAACCUCUGUAAUUUCUAAGUGGAUUGUAUUGACUGUCUAGUAUUAUAAUGCACUUUUGUUUCUAUUGACUCAUACAGUAUGAGUUUUAUUAACAUUUACUGCUCAUGUUGUGUGUAUUACAAUAAAAGGCAAAAGAAUAGCACACCACACUCAAAACUAUUAAGGGCUUUCAAAAAAUAUACAACAAUCAGAAUGUUUUGCUGCUGUUGCAAAAAAUGUUUUGAAACUAAAAAUUUGUAAUAUUUUUGAACCACUGUGAUUUGUACAAAAUUUUGAGAAAAUGA